UGUCGCCGUUACGCGGAUCGCGUUUCACGGCUCUGAAGUGCAUCAGGGAUCCCCAAAUUCAUCCCCGAAGCUGUGAUGUCACACACCAGGAAGUAAGCCUGAGCCGGCUUCAUUCCUGGCUGCCGCUUGUAGGAGCCGUGCCGGGUCCUGGGCAAUCGGUGUGUAGGCAGAUUGGGGGAAACAAGGAGCUACUAAAGGAAACGUAAGCGCCAAAGCAAGAGGAAGGGAAAAGUGUGAAUUAUCUGCGCCGCGAAGUAAUUUGAAGCUUGCAUUGAAAUGUCACACCAGACAGGAAUUCACGCGACGGCCGAGCUGAGGGAGUUCCUGGCCAAGGCCAGGUGUGGCGCGGUGCGUCUCAUCAAGGUGGUCAUCAGGAACGAGCAGCUGGUGCUCGGGGCGUAUCGAGAGCCGUCACAGACCUGGGACCGGGACUACGACCACUUCCUGCUUCCUCUGCUGGACCCCCUGGAGCCCUGCUACGUCCUGUACCGCUUGGAUUCCCAGAAUGCACAGGGCUACGAGUGGCUCUUCAUAUCCUGGUCACCUGACCAGUCACCGGUGAGGCAAAAGAUGCUGUAUGCCGCAACUCGUGCCACCGUGAAGAAAGAGUUUGGUGGAGGCCAUGUCAAGGAUGAAAUGUUUGGCACGGUGGAGGAAGACGUCUCGUUCCAAGGCUAUCUGCGUCACAUGUCCUCGUGCUGCGGCCCUGCACCCCUGACCGCUGCUGAGCAGGAGCUGCAGCGGAUUAAAACUAAUGAGGACAGAGUCGUGCGGGAUGAGCGAAGGAGGGCCCCCGCACCUUUAGGCCGUGUAAAGGUGAAGGCGGAGAUCAGCAUGGAGAGCAAGCACCAGACCAUGCAGGGCCUGGCGUUCCCGCUGCAGGAAGCUGCUCGGCAUGCUCUACAGCAGCUCAUGCAGAGACGCAUCAACUACAUCCAGCUGCGGCUGGAUACGGAGAGGGAGACGAUCGAGCUGGUCCACACCAACCCCACGGAGGUCUCCGAGCUGCCCCGCCGGAUACCCAUGGACACCCCACGCUACCACUUCUUCCUCUACAAACACCACCAUGAGGGCGACCUGCUGGAGUCCUUGGUCUUUAUCUACUCCAUGCCGGGGUACAGCUGCAGCAUAAAGGAGCGGAUGCUGUACUCCAGCUGUAAGAGUCGGCUUCUGGAGGAGGUGGAGAGGGAUUACCAUCUGGAGAUUACCAAAAAGAUGGAGAUUGACAGUGGCGAGGAGCUGACUGAAGAGUUCCUGUAUGAGGAAGUCCAUCCUAAGCAGCACGCUCUCAAGCAGGCCUUUGCCAAGCCCCGGGGGCCGGCAGGGAAGCGGGGCAACAAGCGUCUCAUCAGGGGACCGGGGGAGAAUGGAGAGGAGAGCUAGAGGGCAGGGCUACAGGCUCAAAAGGAGAGAUAGCGGGUGGGGCUACAGGCUCUGGUUAUACAGACUGCUCUUGGUCCACUGCCCUUCCUAUUGCUCUCAUGGACACACCCACAAAACACCUCUUCAUUCAGUGGAGCUGAAGCCAAUCAGCGCUCCCUCCGUGUGUUCACCACCUCCCUUUUUUCCUAUGACUAAUUCCCUGUAAAUCUCAAGGGCUUUCUAUGAGUUACUGACGUUUUUAAUAAUUAUUUUUACUGUAUUUCCUGCUUGCCUCACCAACGAGCCCAGUGUGUUUUGAACCAUCCACGAUGGUGCUGGAUGAUGUACUGUCAGCUGCAUGGACUCUAAACCCUGCACUGGCUGAAAUUUUCUUUGCUUUCUAUGAAAUUUACACACACACACACACACACAUACACACACAGACAAACUAGCCAUUU